UUUAAAAUUAAGAACUUAAACCUCUGAAUUAGGAAGGAAGGAGAAGGACCCUCUGGUUUGUGCCAAAAACCCAAACCUCAAAGGGAAGAUCCCAUUGGUCUUUUCAUUUUCCUUCUUUUUCUCGUCAAAUUCCUCUCCUCCUCCUUCUUCUUCUUCUUCUUCUUCUUCUUCUUCUUCUUCUUCUUCUUCUUCUUCAACUCGGUUGUGUUGUGUUUCUUCACAAAAAAAAGAAAAAAAAUCUCCCAGUUAUUUUUUGCCAGAUCUUCGUGUUGCUUUGGUAUUCCUGGUAAGGAAGGUUUGUAUUCUGUUCUGUAAAUAAGCAUCUGUACACGGACGAUUGUGCCAAUUUCUUGGUGGUGAGGAAUAGUUCCUGCAUAUGGUUUUAUAAGCAUACAGUUUGAUAAGUGUUGAUAUAAAUGGGGUCUGUUGCUCGAACGUGCGGCAGUUUUGCUUGUAGAAAACCAAGUGAAAUUAUGAGGCUUGUUGUGACAACUUUUAUUGGUUUAGUUUUCGGCUUUUUUAUAGGAGUAUCAUUUCCGACCUUGUCAUUAACAAAGUUGAAUCUUCCAUCUGGCUUGCUUCCGUCCAUUGAUCUCGCUUACAUUGAAGGCAAAUAUACCAAUUGCUGGUCUUUAAUGAAGAAUAAUAACAAUACUAAAAGUACCUCACCAUUGAAGCAACUUAAACAUGAAGCCAAGAUUUGGGUUCCAUCAAAUCCAAGAGGUGCAGAAAGAUUACCUCCUGCCAUUGUAGAAGCAGAAUCAGACUAUUAUUUGCGUAGACUAUGGGGCAAGCCUAGUGAGGAUAUAACAUUCAAGCCGAAGUACCUUGUAACCUUCACCGUAGGUGCUGGGCAGAAAAGGAAUAUUGACGCAGCUGUGAAGAAGUUUUCAGGGAACUUCACCAUCCUUCUAUUUCAUUAUGAUGGCCGGACAACUGAAUGGGAUGAGUUUGAAUGGUCAAAGCGUGCUAUUCAUGUGAGUGCUCGCAAACAGACCAAAUGGUGGUAUUCCAAGCGAUUUUUGCAUCCUGAUAUUGUAGCCCCAUAUGACUAUAUAUUUAUAUGGGACGAGGACCUUGGGCUUGAACACUUCGACGCAGAGAAGUACUUAAGACUGGUGAAGAAGCAUGGGUUAGAGAUUUCACAGCCUGGUUUGGAACCUAAUAAAGGUCUGACAUGGCAGAUGACGAAAAGAAGAGUUAGACAAGAAGUUCACAAAGUAACCCAGGAGAAAGAAGGAUGGUGUUCUGACCCUCAUCUGCCACCUUGUGCGGCGUUUGUUGAGAUUAUGGCUCCGGUUUUCUCGCGAGAUGCAUGGCGCUGUGUGUGGCAUAUGAUUCAGAAUGACUUGGUCCAUGGGUGGGGUCUUGACUUUGCUCUUAGAAAAUGUGUUGAGCCUGCGCAUGAGAAGAUUGGAGUUGUCGAUGCUCAGUGGAUUGUUCACCAAGGUGUUCCCUCGCUAGGGAAUCAGGGUGAAAAAGAACCUGGGAAAGCGCCAUGGCAGGGGGUGAGGGAUAGGUGUCAAAAGGAGUGGCAAAUGUUUCAGAUUCGGAUGGCCAAUUCAGAAAAAGAGUAUUACCAGUCUAUGGGAUAUGAUGUGUCUAACUACAGUGUUCCUAUGUUCAGUUAGGGGUCACAACUCACAACUACCAUAACUGCCUUGUACACAGCUAUUACCACCCUUGUGCCUAGAUUUAUUCUUUUUUUUUUCAAUGAUAUUUUUUUGGUACCCCCUUGUAAUGUUAGUUACUUGCACCAUCCGGGGUCCUAGCUAGGGACCUAACUGAAAUUCAAUGUAUAAUUCCAGUGAUAAAAUUGAAUAUAUUUAGUGAACAAAAUAAGAAAUUCGUAGUAUACCUUGUGUAGAAGA